AUGUCAAAAGACACUACACAAGAUGAUCAAUCAAUAAAAGAUACAACUACAAAACCAAUCAUAAAACCAUCAAAAUUAUUUAAAAAAAAAGCAUACAAAUCAAAAUUAAAGCUAUUUAAAAUAAAACCAUGGAUUAAAUCAUAUAUAACAAAUUAUUUAAAUAAUAUAGAUGAUGAAAUAUUAUAUAAUUAUAUAAUAGAAUUAAUUAAUACAUCAACAUCAGAAUCAGAAAAUGAUGAUUUAAUUGAUAUAAAAAAUAUUCAAAAUCAAUUAAUUGGAUUUUUAAAUGAAAAAGAAUCAUUGGAAUUUUGUUAUAAAUUAUACAAGAUUAUAUUAGAUUUACAAGAUGGUAAGACACCUGAAGAAUUAAUUAUUGAAGAGAGAAAGAAGUCGAAAAUUGAAAUUAAAUCAAAACCCAAUGGAACUAAUUCAAGUUCUACAAAGGGAGUUAAAAGGACUAAUUAUAAUAGAAGAUCAAAUUUUGAUUUAAUAGAAGAAAAUGAUAAAAAAAGAAAAAGACAAGUUGAUUCUUAUAUACCUAAUAAAUCUGGAUCAAAAUUAGAUGAUGAUGUUAAAUUUUAA